AUGUCCGCAUUGGCUGACAACAACCUCAAAGGCUCACGGCAUCGUAAGCGACGGCGACUAAGCAGCAACCUCGCUCAUGUUGACGAAGAGCAACAUGUUGAGGCGGAAGACGAUGCCCCCUCCGUGGGGCCGGAAGUCUGCUCAAGAUCACUUCCCCCUGUUGAACCACAACUCCUUGAGUUCCUCUCCUCGGGGCUUACAGACCACGAUGAUCUGACUAGUCUUCACUCAGACUCAUCAUACAUAUCUGAUACGCGCUUCGUGCGCGCCAUCAGCUUAUCAGCCCUCGUCCAUCCAUCUCAUGAUGUGAACUUGACGCCUCCAUCGAGCGUCCCCUCACCAAAUCGUCGCGGCUUCUUCUUGCAACUUGCCGGGGCUCAAAACACCUUGCAGCAAGUAUGCGAGUCACUAGACUUAUCCAUCGCAUCACUGCAAACACUGACCGACGUCUAUUUCGACAACAUGACUGCAUUCUCUCUCUUCCAUCAACCCUCAUUCGGAGAAAAGGUCCAGGGAAUCAAAAAUGCCCUUCACCUCAAGGCGCUAUUGGCCUCAAUGUUCUCUUUUUCAGCUCGUUUCGCCACAGCUCCCGACGCCGAGUCUCCGCCAUCGUCCGAAGCCUACAGCGGCCCGAGUCACGAGCAACUACACAAAUCAGCCAUGGGUUUCGUCAACGAGGCAAUCGAAGAAUACGACGACAAGCCUCCACCGUUAUGCAUCCUCCAAGCUCUCAUAUUAUGCACCUUUUACGAGCUGACGAGAGGCGUCCGCGGUCGCGCAUGGCGCAUGCUGGGCAAUUGCGUCAGAAUCGCCUACGAGCAGCGACUUCAUCUCGUCGACAGUAUCACGCAGGCCAGACCUCAGUCAGGAACGUCUGGCGUGGCUCAAUGGUCAGCGAUGGAAGAGAGGCGCCGUAGCUGGUGGGCAAUCUGGCAGAUGGACAUCUUCGCCUCGACGGUGCACAGGUUGCCUACCGCUAUUGACCACAGCGUAGGCAUGAACGAAAAUCACCUCCCGGUGCCCGACAUAAUGUGGUUUCAAAACAUGUACCAACCGAGCUGCCCUCUUGACCUCGCUCCAAUGGAGCGGGCGAAAAAGUUGAGCAAGUCUGGGAAUACUAGCGAUGUCGCGUGGUUCAUCGUUCUCAAUUCCAUCAUGCGCAACGCUCAGGUUCUAGCCCGCGGCAAUCUUCACAGCGUUCUUUCGGACCUCAGUCCCGCACCGGGAGCCGACUCUCGCCCCCUUAAACAAUAUCUCCACGGAUCGUUCCGUAAAAGGCAGUCGGCCGAAGAUGCACAACAGCUACCCGUUCUCAUUGGGGCUCUCAAGCAGACUGUCGCCUUACUACCGAGAUCACUCACUUACCAAGGAGCUCGAUUAGACUUCAAGUCCACGGGCUUCUCAUCUACGAGCGACUGCCCUCAGCUACCAUCGGAGAGGCAGUCAAAUGCUUCACAGCAUGCAAUUUACCUCAUGAUCCAGCUAGCACGUUUCAUGAUCUAUCAUCAUUUCGCAUUCAACGAAAUCUUACUAGGCACAAUUUUCUCAGAAGCAGACAGUCCCCCUUCAUUCGGAUGGACUUCCUCAUCCAAGGAUGAGAAGGAGAGGCUAUCCAACUCAGAAGGCCUUCGGAACUGCCUUGAGGCAUCAGACGACAUCCACUCCCUCGUCAGCCGCUCCUCAGAAACACACAUACAAUGGACAAACCCAUUCUUGGCGAGCACAGUAUGGCUCGCCGCCUCACUGCAAGUCCUCCGCAAAGUGUUUGCACCGUCAACAUGUAACGAAGCGUCAGAGAUGAAAAUCAAAGAGCUCCGUGCAGUAUGUCAGAGAUACACCGACUUUUGGGGAACGCCCGAAAGUCUCUUGCAAAACCUGGAUUCUUUGGAAGAACGACUGGCACAGAAAAAGGCAGAGAUCGCGGCGAUUGAGGCAACUCACAUGCUAGGGUGCGCCUCAUAUCAACACGCCGGGCAGCAUACUUCCGCAUUCGACGGAACAAGUGCGUUACAAAACUUUGGCCUCAUGAUGGGCCCAGGGCUGGACCAGGACUCUUUAUUUACGUCCGUCGUGCCUGGGUAUCAAGCCUCGAUGGGACAAGACGUGCCCACACCAAUCUCGCCGCGAAACACUUCAACUGCUCAGGGUAACUGGUUCGACGGGCAGCACGAUGGCGCGGAAGGACCCCAUAGCCUCACUGCCGAUUGCUCUGCUGGUGGGUUAGGGAUGUCGGGUCUCAAUGCUUCGGAUGAGUUUGCCGGAUUUCCAGAGGGCGAUCCGGAACUGAGCUUUUUCAUGUCUACCUUACUGUAA